UCAAUACUCGAUCCUGAGCAGCUGCUGCGGCUAAUCUGCUUGCAUGCUCGCCAACUUCAAAUCUGAGCAGCCCCCGUCGAGUUUGCAGGGAGAUAAUAAUGGCAGUGUCAGCAGAAAACGAGCGUCCAGUGAAGGUUUUGGGAUGGGCAGCCAGAGAUUCCUCAGGACUUCUCUCCCCCUUCGAGUUCUCAAGAAGGGUCAAGAGAGAGCAAGAUGUGACUGUGAAAGUAUUGUACUGUGGGAUAUGUCACUCUGACCUACACAAUGUGAAGAACGAAUGGGGAUUCAUGUCCUACCCUAUGGUGCCCGGACAUGAGAUUGCGGGUGUCAUAACAGAAGUAGGAACCAAAGUGACAAAGUUCAAAGUCGGGGAUAGAGUGGGCGUCGGGUGUAUGAUUGGAUCAUGUCACAACUGUGUGAAUUGUGGUGAUAAUCUUGAAAAUUACUGCCCCGAAAUGGUUCCAGUCUAUGGUGGUAAGUUUAGCCCUGAUAAUGAUAGUGAGGAUUCUAAUGGAACGAUUAACUAUGGUGGCUUCUCAGAAAUCAUGGUCGUAGAUGAGCACUUUGUAUUUAAAUUUCCAAAUAACAUGCCUCUCGAUGGUGGGGCACCUCUCCUUUGUGCCGGUAUCACUGUCUAUAGCCCAUUAAGGUACUACGGACUCGAUAAGCCCGGAAUGCACAUAGGAGUGGUUGGGCUCGGUGGACUUGGCCAUGUGGCUGUCAAAUUUGCCAAGGCAAUGGGCCUUAGGGUGACUGUCAUCAGUACCUCCCCAAGUAAAAAGGAAGAAGCCAUGAACCAUCUUGGUGCUGACGCAUUUUUGGUCAGUCAAGAUGCAGAGCAGAUGCAAUUAGCUAUGGGCACAAUGAAUGGCAUUAUAGACACUGCCUCAGCUAUGCAUGCUUUCUUGCCAUUGAUUGGUCUCUUGAAGACUCAUGGGAAGCUUGUCAUGGUUGGGCUAACAGACAAGCCCCUUGAGCUACUUGCUAUGCCACUCCUCCUAGGUAGGAAGAUAGUGGGCGGAAGUGUUGUUGGAGGGAUUAAGGAGACACAAGAGAUGAUCGAUUUUGCAGCGGAGCACGGCAUAAUCGCGGAUAUUGAGGUUAUUCCGAUGGACUAUGUGAACACUGCCAUGGAGCGUCUUGCAAAAGGGGAUGUUAGAUACCGAUUCGUCAUCGACAUCGGAAAUUCGUUGAAGUCUUACUAAAACUUGAUUGCGUUGAUAACUACGAGAAAGCUUGGAUAGAAUGUGGUCGAAUUAUGGUUGACAUCAGUUAUUGGGUAAGUAGUUUUUAUGCAUGUUUUCCAUCGUAUUUAGGCCAUUGUUCUUGUUGGGACAGAGAAGUCUUCUCUAAGGACAAUUACUCUGUCAAAAAAGUAUUUUUAAGUUACAGUUGCUCUGUUGGAGUUCAAUAAAGGAAAUUUUAUUCGUUCGUAA